AUGUUCUCAAGGAUAAUAACAAGACCCCAGAUAAUACGACAAAAUGUCAUUUCUUUCAAACCUCCACCAAUCCAUGUUUCCAAAAGAACUUAUAUAUCACCAGUGGAAUUAGUUGAUUUAAUGACAACUUCAUUACAAGAAUUUCAUCAAUAUACAAAUUUAUCAUGGUGGUUAUUAAUCCCAUUAACUACAAUAACUUUUAGAACAGUAUGGACAUUACCACUUGCCAUAUUACAAAGGAAAAGAAUUCAAAAACAAUCUCAAUUAAAACCAAUUUUAAAUGCCACUGGUCCAAUAUUAAGAUUAAAAUUAGCACAAAAUGCACAAAUGGCUCAACAACAAUUAGCUAAAACAGGUGGAUUAAAAUCUGAUAGUGCUGCAAAAGGUAUAAAUGUUGGAGCUGCUUCAUUAACUUCAGAUCAAAUUAUGAUGUUGAGUGUUAAAGAAGUUUCUAAAAGACAAAAAUUAUUAUUUAAAGAACAUGGAUGUCAAUCAUAUAAAAAUUUUAUAUUACCAAUGUUUCAAAUCCCAUUAUGGAUAUUGAUGAGUUUUACAUUUAGAAAUUUAAGUGGAUGGACUGAUAUCACAUCAAAACCAUUGGAUCCAACAUUAACUACCGAGGGUUUUGGUUGGAUUAAUGAUUUAACUAUAGCAGAUCCAUCAGGUGUUAUGCCAAUAUUACUUGGAUCUUUAGCAUUAAUGAAUAUUGAAUGGAAUUCCAAAACUUUAGAAUUACAAAAUCAAAGUGGUUCUAAAAAAAGAAGUUUAAGACCUACGGCAUUUGAUGCUUUAAUUAGUGUUUCAAGAAUUGGGAUUGUUUUUUUGAUGGCUGUUUGUACCCAAGCUCCUGCAUGUAUGGGAUUAUAUUGGAUAAGUUCAAAUGCAUUUUCUGGUGUACAAAAUAUGGUUUUAGAUUAUUAUUUACCUGUUCGUUAUAUUCCAGAAAAUAGAUUAAGUUAUAAAAAGGCAACAAAUGAUUCAAUUCCAUUAUUUGAAAAAAAUUUAGAUAACUAA